AUGGCAACAUCUAGCUGUUCGGAACUGAAUCAGCUAACCACAGCACAAGAAUCACAACACUCACAUCAACCACAAGAUCCACUGAACCUCAUGCAUGGAGGAAUAUUCUCCCACGAAUAUAUCACCUAUUCCAUCGUGAUCAUUAUCAUUUCCAUUGGGAUGAUGAUGACACUCCCCAAACUUUCUGCCAUGCUCCAGAGAUUUCUGCAAUUGAAGAAGUUAAUUCUCGAUUGUCAAAUACCCCUUGAAGAAAUAGAACCUUUCAUUGUGGAUGGACAAGUCUUUCCUCCCUACAUUAAAGAAUUGGGUUGGAAAUUCCAUGUCCAUACAGACAAGAAUCAUGAUCAGGUCCAUUCUCCUCAAGACACUUCACCGUUCUUGUUGGGAGAACGAGCGGUCGUCAUUGGAGGUUCCAUUGCUGGCUUGUUGAGUGCCAGCUGCCUUUCUCCCUUCUUCAAGGAAGUAGUACUGAUUGAGCGAUCCAAGUACGUUGAGGGAGAAUCCGUAGUGAAACAUAGGCACGGAGAUUUACCUCAUAUUCUCGUGAAUCGAGGGCAGAGCAUCUUGGAGAAGCUCUUUCCAGGUAUUAUUCAAGAGGUGAGAACGAAAUCUGCCCAAAUCACACUGAAUCCAUCGUCCCACCAACAAUAUGAAACGCCCUUAGAAAGAAGAAGUUCCAACACUUGUGAUCAAAACGAUUUUAAGGCUACAUCAUCCACUGGAGAUUCAAUGAUCAGCAAAACGCAACAGCAACAAUUCUCAGAUUCUUCUCAGCAGCAACACAACUCCCAAAAAACUAUCCCUUCUCCACCAUCACCAUCAAGAACUACGUCAUCAGCAAAACCUUACUUUGUCAUGAAAAAUUUUUUCAACGCUUCCGAGCAUUUGAAAUUGAUCUACUCAUCGGAUCAAUCUCAACCUCUCAAACGAGUGCAGAAUGGAAAUCAUGAGGUUACCAUUGUAUCGAGAGGCAUGUGGGAGAGUACCAUUCGAGAUUAUGUAUUUAAGGCAACAAAGAAUAUCAAAGUCUAUGAUGGUUAUCAGGUGUUGUCGAAUGGAAAGGGAAUUAAGCUCAGAGUGGAGCCAAUAAGAAGAGGCUCAUCCUCUGAUCAACAACGACAACAACAGGAAAACCAAGAGACUCAAUCAUUGUCAUCCACUCAACAAUUGAAUGUUCAAGUAUGUGGUGUGAUCAUACAGAAAGUUGAAAAAUCAAACACAACCACUGGUUCAUUAGCAACCACAAGUACUCAACACAUUCAUCACCACCAUACGAAAGGAUCUCAAUCCAAUCACUCUCAAGACGAUACCAUCGAGUUGGAUUGUGAUCUAGUCGUCAAUUGUGGAGGUAUUCAUACGUGCGCAGACUACUCUAAAUUACUGAAAGGUGUUGAACAUGCCAUGAUCUGGGCAACUGUGGAUCCCUCAUUGGGAGGUUCGUCGACGAAGACUUUGAGUAGUACUACUAUUCAUGGCCAUGAAGCAUGUCAAGAAAAUAAGACACAACCACAAAACACUACAAUUCCUCCACAACAGCAACAACAACAACUACUCUACUCCACACGAAUUAACAACAAGGUUCGAUAUCAUUGUUUUUAUUUUGAACCCAAAGACGAGGCGUUUGAUUGGUUCGAGAAGGGAAUUCCAGGAAAAUUAUUACGUUCUCCAGUUACCGUUGUACACGAUGACGACGAAGAAGAUCCGCAAGAUCCCAAAGCAAAUUCCCAAAAGACCAAGCCCUACUAUGCUUUUUAUCAUCUUUUAACGUAUCCUCAAACGAAAGGUGUACUGUGUAUACCCAUGGAGAGAAACAUGUUCAUGAUCAAUCUCAUUACCAUUGCCGAUGAAGAGAAGGAAAACAAUCGAAGAAUAUCUGAAGGAUUGACCUUAGAAAAUGCCAAAGAACGAAUCAUUGAAUACUAUGCAAAAGGUGCUCCCUUCGAGAAGGAUCUCAUUAGCGUUUUGAAUUGUAUGAAAGAUCAACCCAUCCGAAUACCACCUCCCUACGAAAAAGAAGGGAACAUGUUUGUUCAUUACGAAGAAUUGUUGCAUUAUGAGAAUCCUAUGAAUCAUCAUGAGACGUUUUUAAGUGGUUUCAUUGCCAUGGGAGACUCCGUUAGUUCCAUGAAUCCAGUCUAUGCUCAGGGAAUGACCACGUGUCUUGAAUCGACACUAAUAUUGAGAGAGUCAAUUAAGGAAUUAUUGGCUCAACAAUUGAAAAAGACUGUAUCAAGGUGCACGAAUAAGCACACGCCGAAGAGAGAAGAGCUUGCUCAAUCUGUGCCCACUACAAAAGGCUCUUCCGUAUUUGAUCAUGAAUUCUGUUCCAAAUUCCAACAAGCCAUUUACUACAUGUUGUUCAUUCCUUGGCUCAUGACCUCGUCCGAUGAUAUUCGAUAUUGUGAUACUGAGAUACCAGAUCGUAAGCAUGCUCCCUCUUCCUCACGGCAGCAACCUUCUCGACAUGACAAUAGCCAUAUCAACCAUUCCAAAACCUACUCGAGAAGUUGCCGAUGGCAAAAGUACAUGGUCGCUCCCUUAUUAGAUUUCAUGCUGUAUCAUAUCUUUUCGUCGGGAAGUACUACAGAGAUUGUAGCGAAUUACUUUUAUACCAUUCUUAAUAUGCAAGAUGGAUUUCGGUAA